GCUUAUAAAUAUCAUUCAAACUGAAACCUUUUAUUCACGCGGAAACAAAGAAAACUGAAAACGAUUCUAUAAUUUGACCUUGUCUAGAAGAGAAGAAAGAACAAAAAAAAAAGGAUGUGUUUGGUGUUCGUGUGCGAUCAAGACGAGCAGGUGAUCGGAAGGUACGCAGCUCCUGGAGCGUGUCCGUACUGCGGCGGAGCGGUUCAGGUGGUUGACGUUAAUAGCCGGUGGAAUUUCUGCUUCGUUCCUAUCUCUAAUAAAAACAAACGUCGCCAUCUCUGUUCCACUUGCGGUAAACGCCUCAUCGUCCGUGGCUGAAACCAAAAAACAAACUCCCACCUCCUCCGACUCCGAGAGAUCAUUUCUAUCAUGUAAAUAUUCCAAGCUUCUGACUUGUUUUGUGUAUCGUGUUCGUAAACGUUUGUAAGAAAAGAACAUAUCUUCUCUAUUAUGAUUGCUCAGUAUAUGUAUGAACCAUGAUCAUAUAAAAUUUCAGCUUACA